AUGGCGGCCACCAAUGGCUCGUCCACGGCAACAAAAGUCCCAAUCCUGGGCAACGAGAGCAUCAUCGUCGACUACGGCCUCUGGCCGCACUAUGCCACCAACGACCUUCUGACGAACAUUGUCAGCUCCACUUACAUACUCGUCUGCGACACGAAUCUUGCCCAGCUAGAGUACGUCUCAGCAUUCCGGAGCAGCUUCGAAGCAGAGCGCACGAGGCAAGGCAAAACAGAGGCAGAUGCUCGACUCCUCAUUUACGACCGCAUUGCGCCUGGCGAGACAUCAAAGAGUCGGCAAACAAAAGCGGACAUAGAAGAUUGGCUUUUGGAGCAAGGAUGUACAAGAGACACGGUCAUUCUGGCGCUCGGAGGUGGUGUCAUGGGUGACUUGCUCGGCUUUGUCGCAGCAACAUACAUGCGCGGAGUACGAUUUGUACAGAUUCCUACAUCCUUGCUGGCUAUGGUGGACAGCAGCAUUGGUGGAAAGACUGCAAUCGAUACACCACUGGGCAAGAAUUUGAUCGGCAGCUUCUGGCAGCCCGAGAGGAUCUACAUUGAUCUUGCGUUCCUGGAGACCUUGAACAAGCGACAGGUGUGCAAUGGCAUGGCAGAGGUGGUCAAGACAGCGGCGAUUUGGGACGAGAAAGAGUUUGAGCGGCUGGAGGAGGGCGCGGAUGCUAUCAUGGCAGCGUUAGACAAGCCGGUCGGCAAGGGACGUUUCGCAGGCAUCGAGGAUGUAUUCAAGAGAAUCGUGCUGGGCAGCGCGAGAGUCAAAGCAGAAGUUGUGAGCAGCGAUGAGAGAGAAGGUGGACUGCGGAAUCUUCUAAACUUUGGACACUCGAUUGGACAUGCGUACGAGGCAAUUUGGACGCCUGAGAUUCUCCACGGAGAAUCGGUCGCAGUCGGCAUGGUCAAGGAAGCCGAGCUGGCACGCUAUCUGGGUGUCUUACCUCCGGGUGCCGUGGCCAGGCUUACAAAGUGCAUCGCAAGCUAUGGCCUGCCGACUGCCAUCGACGACAAGCUCAUCACUAAGUGGACAGACAAGCAAUGCCCUGCAGACGAGCUCCUGAGGCGCAUGGCUGUGGACAAGAAGAACGCGGGCUCGAAGAAGAAGAUCGUCUUGCUGUCUGCUAUAGGUCGAUGUUACGAGCCACAGGCGACCAAGGUCGACGACAAGGACAUUCGUAUCGUGCUGUGCCCGGCCAUCUCCGUCAAGCCGGGAGUGCCAAAGGCUCUGAAUGCAUCCUGCAAGCCCCCUGGCAGCAAAAGCAUCUCCAAUCGCGUCCUUUUGCUCGCAGCAUUGGGCGCUGGAAAGUGCAAGAUCAGCAAUUUACUGCACUCUGACGAUACCCAGUUCAUGCUCACAGCAAUCGCCAAACUCGGUGGCGCUACAUACAGCUGGGAAGACGAGGGUCGCGUACUGGUCCUGAAUGGUAACGGCGGUGCCCUGAAAGCCUCGCCCGAGGAGAUCUACAUCGGGAAUGCAGGCACGGCAUCGCGAUUCCUCACAACUGCUGUCACUCUCGCGCGUGGAAGCUCGUCUGCAUCUCACACGGUCUUGACAGGCAAUGCCCGCAUGCAAGAGCGCCCGCAGGGACCUCUUGUCGACGCAUUGCGGUCGAACGGUGUUGACAUUGAGUAUUUGGGCAAAGCUGGAAGCCAGAGCUUACCACUGCGCAUCGCCGCGGCAGGCGGCUUUGAAGGAGGCGACAUUGAGCUAACGGCAAAGGUGUCAUCUCAAUACGUCUCCUCAAUCCUGAUGUGCGCGCCGUAUGCCAAGAAGCCAGUCACGCUGCGUCUCGUUGGUGACAAGGUCAUCAGCCAGCCAUACAUUGACAUGACGAUUGCCAUGAUGGCCGACUUUGGCGUACAGGUCACUCGAAGCAAAACCGAAGCAAAUGUGUACCAUGUGCCCAAGCAGCAAUACCAGAACCCGACGGAGUACGAGGUCGAAAGCGAUGCUAGCAGUGCCACGUACCCUCUCGCUGUUGCUGCGAUCACUGGUACGAAGUGUACGGUCCCCAACAUCGGCUCUGCAUCAUUGCAAGGCGAUGCGCGUUUUGCCGUGGACGUCCUGAGGCCGAUGGGCUGUGAGGUGGUGCAGACCAAAACCAGCACAACAGUAACCGGACCACCAAUCGGAGAGCUCCAGCCAUUGUUUCAUGUCGACAUGGAGCCCAUGACGGAUGCUUUCCUCACAGCCUCUGUUCUAGCCGCGGUCGCGAAGCCAAACAAGGCGGGUGCCACAACAAAGAUCACUGGCAUCGCAAAUCAGAGGCAAAAAGAGUGCAAUCGUAUCAAAGCUAUGCAUGACGAACUUGCCAAGUUUGGUGUGACGUGUCGAGAGCUCGAUGAUGGGAUCGAAAUCGAUGGCCGUGGUUCAGAUCUUCAGCCUGCCAGUGAAGGUAUUCAUUGCUAUGACGAUCAUCGCGUUGCCAUGAGUUUUGCUGUACUGGCCACGAUUGCACCUCGUGAUACUCUGAUCAUGGAGAGAGAAUGUACGGGCAAGACUUGGCCCGGUUGGUGGGAUCAGAUGAAGCAAGUCUUCGGCGUGGAACUGGAGGGCGUUGAGCCCCAAGGUUCGCAGCACACCCUUGCUAAAGGUAUCAACGGCCAUGUUCCGGACCGCGAGGUCAAGAAGUCCAUCUUCAUCAUCGGUAUGCGGGGAGCAGGCAAGACUACCACCGGUGGUUGGGCAUCGAAGAUUCUUGGCUGGCCUUUCUUGGAUAUGGACACCGAACUCGAGGCUCGCGAAGGCAUGAGUAUACCAGAAAUGUUAAAGGACAAUGAUUGGGCCGGAUUCCGUCAACGUGAGUUCAAGCUUCUCCGGAGCUUGAUGAAAGAGAAGCCGAACGGACACAUCAUCGCCACAGGAGGUGGUAUAGUUGAGACGCCCGAAGCACGAGAGCUUCUGAAGGAAUGGCAAAAGGUACGUGAUGGCAUGGUGCUUUAUGUGACGCGUGACAUCAACUCCAUCAUCGACUACCUGCAAAUCGACAAGACCCGGCCGGCCUAUGUGGAAGACAUGAUGGGCGUCUUUCUCCGACGUAAGCCUUGGUUCGAAGCAUGUAGUAAUCUCCACUACCACUCACAGCCAGUGGACGAGUCUGCUGCGAUUGCCGGAUGGACCAGCCCACUGGAUGACUUCUCACGUUUCCUUCACACCAUGACUGGCAGGUCUGGAGCAAUGAGCCACAUUCAAGCGAAGGAGCACUCCUUCUUCGUCGCGCUGACCGCUCCAACUAUCCAAAGCGUGCUUCCUCUCCUGCCAGAAGUCACUAUGGGAUCGGACGCCAUUGAGCUUCGUGUUGAUCUUCUGGUAGACCCAGCAGCGUCCGAUGGGCUUCCCAGGCCCGAGUUCCUCAAAGACCAGGUCUCACUUCUCCGCGCAUCAUCACGACUGCCAUUGAUCUUCACCCUUCGAUCUGUAUCUCAAGGAGGUCGUUUCCCUGACGGCGAUGUGGAACGCGCCGUGGCCCUUUACCGAGAAGGUCUGCGCAUGGGCUUCGACUUUGUUGAUCUUGAACUCACUUCGCCUCCUGAAGUGAAGGAGUACGUGCUCAAUCACCGCAAGAUGUGCAUCAUCAUCGCCUCUCAUCACGAUCCGAAGGCCACACUAUCUUGGGCCAAUGGUGCAGCCGACUGGAAGCCUCUGUUCGCCAGUGCCCUUUCGUACGGUGAUAUUGUGAAGCUCGUUGGCGUUGCCAAAACAACCGAUGACAACGAUGACCUGAAGAUCUUCAAGAAAUGGGUCGCCAAGGCACAUCCGGACACACCUGUCAUCGCAAUCAACAUGGCCGAAGCUGGAAAGAGCAGCCGUGUGUUCAAUGGCUUCAUGACUCCCGUCUCGCAUCCCGCGAUGCUGGCCAAGGCCGCACCUGGCCAGCUUCCAGCCGCAGACAUUCGUCGAGUUCUUGGCUUAAUGUCCUACAUUGAGCCUAAGAAGUUCUGCAUCUUUGGGAAGCCGGUGCAGCAUAGCAGGAGUCCAGCUUUGCACAACGCCCUAUUUCAACUCACAGGACUACCGCAUGCUUAUGGUAUCCACGAAACCGAUCGGGCUGCCGACCUCGUGGACAUCAUUCGUGCACCCGACUUCGGCGGCGCAAGCGUGACAAUUCCACUGAAGCUGGACGUUAUGCCACUGCUCGAUGUUGUCGACUCUGCUGCAAAGACGAUUGGCGCAGUCAACACAGUCGUGCCUUCGUUGGACACUGCUACUGGCAAGACCAUUCUGACAGGGCACAACACCGACUGGCAGGGCAUCAUUCUCUCUCUUCGUAAUGCCGGCUCCAAAGUACCUGGCCACGGAGUGCAACAAGCCGGCAUGGUUGUCGGUGGUGGUGGCACAGCGCGUGCAGCAAUUUACGCUCUCAAGAACAUGGGGUACAGUCCGAUAUACCUUGUCGGCAGGAACAAGACGAAGCUCGCAACACUGACCCAGAGCUUUGCUCAAGACUACAAUAUCCAGCUACUGAGCAGCGAGGAUGAAGUCAAAGCCAUUCCGAAUAACAAACAGCCAGUGGUCGCUGUCGGUACCAUUCCGGGCGACUUGCCCAUUGACGCUGGGUUGGAGGCAAUCUUGAGAUCGGUGUUCAAGAUGGAGAACGACAAUAGCAAGGUCUUGCUCGAGAUGGCAUACAAGCCGGCGGUCACACCUCUUGUGGAGUUGGUCAGCAGUAGAGGGUGGAAGACGGUGCCUGGUCUGGAGCCCUUGGUGGGACAGGGUGUGCAUCAGUUCAAGUGGGUUUCCCGACUGCUUUGGACGGAUAUCAUGCCUCUGUACAGCGUCAGUCGAGAUGCUGUCAUGGGCAAGUAGAACCCAGGUCGCCGUCCGCUCUUGGCCUUCUAAGGGGUGGCGCGGAGCUGUACAAUUCAUGUACUAUCGACAUUCGCCCAAGCUUGAGGGCGAUGAACACAGAGUCAUCGUCAACUGCCUCGGGACGUAUUGUAUUCUUUCUCAUG